AUGCUCCCACAAUGUCCCGGUCCUGUAUGGGCCGUGGAUGAUCUGUCCAAGUGCUUCCAACGCAACACUCUGCAAGUCACCCUUCCCUUGGCUGCAUGCAUUGCAUCACUUCUGUUUAUCGUCACACGCCUAGCCCAUCGCUAUGUGGUCUCCAAAAAAGAUGUUGCUUACAAGGUUCUCUCAAACAAUGCCUCCGAAGGUGAGGUUCCUAAUGGCCUGGAAGCCGACUCCGACCCGAUGCUGUUCCUGGCAGCGCAAACCGAACAAGAACAAUUGAAACUAGAGGUCGACCGUCCCCGUGGGGAAAUUGUAGUCGUCGCGCUGGAGAUUGCCGCCCUUGUCGGCCAAGUCGCACUUUAUGUAGUGAUCCUAUCGACUGGUGGUUGGGGUCGUCAUGGUACUAUUCCUGCAAUCGCUGGCCUGGUUUCUUGGGGCUACAUCCUCUUCUUAGUCCUAGUCCGACUUUUGCUGUCGACUAUGGAUCUUUCCUCCGCCCCGCGACUCUGGACCCACACAGCAGUAUUAUACGGCCUGCAAUGGCUCUUCAACAUUAUGGUUUUCCGGUCCGCCGUCAUCCACCCGCUAUCCAAAAACGCCUUGGUUCUCAGCAGCAUUGGAUUCUCGCUUAGCACUUUACUUCUCCUGGUCGCAAUUACUACUCGCCGGGGUAACAAGCCUGUUGUAGUGGAGCGCGAGGAUGGAUUAGAACCUCCGCAUCAUCCGAUGGCGAGUCUCUUGUCUUUGGCCACCUUCGCUUGGUUGGAUCCUCUUAUCAUGAAGGGUUACCGCCAGCCCCUGGAGCUCGAGGAUGUAUGGAACUUAACCCCGCAACAAAAGGCGGCUGCGGUUGUCACCGAUUUUCGAAAGCGUCAGAUGAAGGGCUCUUUGGCUUGGAAGCUCAUCCGAUACUUUUUUGGUACCAUUCUGAAGCAAGGUCUCUGGACGAUUUUCGCCAAUCUCUUCGUGUUCGUCCCUAGUCUGCUUCUCAAAGCAAUUCUUGAAUAUGUCGAAGACCCUCGCUCGACGACUCCAAACGCCGCUUGGCUAUAUGCGAUUCUCCUUUUCUGCUCUGCCAUUGUUCAAGGUGUCGCAGAUGGCCAAGCUCUCUAUAUCGGUCGCAAGAUGGGUGUCAAGAUCCGUGCUAUCAUCAUUGGUGAGAUUUACGCUAAAGCCCUCCGCCGCAAGGCUGGAGCUUCGACAGAUGUUGCCCGUAAAGCGCUUGAGGAGCAGGAAGCACCUAAGGAUGACAAGAAGAAGAAAAGCCGUAUCUUCUCAUUCGGCCGUAAGAAGAAGUCUGCUGAUGAGAAUGACGCUGAAAACGGCACUAAGCCCGAAUCUAAGGUGGAGGAAGCUGCUUCACAGGCCAAUGUUGGCACCAUUAUCAACCUGAUGGCCAUUGACUCCUUCAAGGUUAGUGAAGUCGGUGCGUACCUCCAUUUCUUGUGGGCCAGUGUUCCCGUGCAAAUUAUCAUGGCUAUCACGCUUCUUUACAAGAUCAUGGGCUUCAGCUCAUUUGCUGGUAUUGCUUUGAUGGCCAUGAUGCUCCCGGUCAACCUCUUCAUCGCCCGACAGUUUAACCGCGUCCAAAACCAGAUCCUCAAGGGGACUGAUGCUCGUAUCCAUGCAACCAACGAAGUUCUCCAGAAUAUCCGGAUCAUCAAGUAUUUUGCCUGGGAGCAACGUUUCCAGGAUAUUGUCAAUGAGAAGCGCCAAGCUGAGUUGAAGUCCUUGCGACGUCGCUACAUCCUGUGGUCGUGUGCUGCUACUGUUUGGUACGGUACUCCUAUAUUAAUUACCUUCCUCUCUUUCUUCCUAUACACGGUUGUCGAGAAGAAACAAUUGACUCCUUCAAUUGCCUUCCCUGCCCUCUCUAUGUUCUCGCUGCUUCGUGUCCCCUUGGAUCAAUUGGCGGAUAUGGUGGCCCACGUCCAGGAGUCCAAGGUCUCCCUCGAUCGUGUGGAUAAAUAUCUCAACGAGGAGGAGACCGAGAAAUACGACCAAUUGCGUGAUAGUCUUUCGGAUGGCCCAUCUAAGAUUGGAUUGCAAAAGGCGACCCUUACUUGGGGAACCUCGAAGCCUAGUCCCCAACAAUCAUCUUCAUCUUCCGAAACUGGCGCUGACGCCUUCCGUCUUAUUGAUCUCGAUGUGGAUUUCCCGCUUGGACGGCUUAGCAUCAUCGCCGGACCCACAGGUUCUGGCAAAACAUCUCUACUCAUGGCUUUGCUUGGUGAGAUGAGACUCAUCAAGGGUCGUGUUCAUUUGCCUGGCGGUAUGGCAAAUCGUGCCGACCUUCCAGUUGACCCUGAAACUGGCCUGAUUGACAGCAUCGCGUACUGCGCUCAGGAGGCAUGGCUGGUGAACGAUACCGUCAAGGAGAACAUCGUCUUUGCCUCUCCGUACGAUGAGAAGCGCUACCGUGCUGUCCUGAAGGCGUGUGCUUUGGAACGGGAUAUUGCCAUUCUUGAUGCCGGUGAUCAAACCCUAGUCGGCGAGAAGGGAAUCAGUUUGUCUGGUGGCCAGAAACAGAGAAUCUCUCUCGCUCGUGCUAUUUACAGCAGCGCUCGCCACUUGCUGCUGGAUGACUGUCUCUCCGCCGUCGAUUCUCACACUGCUAAGCACAUCUUCCGUCAGGCCCUGACAGGUCCCCUGAUGCUGAACCGUACCUGCAUCUUAGUCACUCACAACGUUUCUCUUACUGUUCCCCAGGCUGAUCAUGUGGUUGUUCUUGAUAAUGGAAAGAUCAGCGCCCAAGGCCGACCUGAUGACGUUGCUUCAACAGGCGCACUGGGUGAUGAGUUUUUCAAGUCUCGACCUGGCUCGCGUGCUAGCUCUCGUGGUUUAUCUCGCGUGCCAUCGGAUGCAGGACUCGAAGAUGAAACCACUGCUGCUGCAAAUGGGACAUCUGCUAACGGUACGGCGAACAAGGUUCAAAAGGACGAAAAGCCGGGGUUGAAAGAAUCCAAGUCUGUUGGCAGUGUCAAGUGGUCCACAGUUACUAUGUAUCUUGGCUCCAUGGGCCAGUGGUACUAUUGGGUUAUGGCGGUUGCUGUAUUCUGUCUGCAGCAGGUUGGCUCAGUUUCCACAAAUCUCUGGAUCCGACAGUGGGCCAAUGCCUACCAAUCGUCCAGCGUUGGACCUAAAGAUGAUUCUGGCACCUACGCUGCUGUUGCUCAUCUUAAGCCCCCAACCUUCAAUGUCGGCAGUGUCUCUAAGAUGAGCACAUGGGGACCUCCACAGCUGUCAUCUCGCAUGGGCCCCACCACUCCGGAUGGCGAAGUCAAUGUGAUGUUCUACCUCGGAGUGUAUGCUCUGUUGGGUGUUGGUUACAUCGCAAUCUCGCUGACUCGCGAAGCUGUGCUUUUCUGGGGCUCUCUUCAUGCAUCCUGGAAGAUCCACGACCGUCUCCUCAAGACCGUCAUGCACGCUAAGUUCCGCUUUUUCGAUUCGACACCACUUGGUCAGCUUAUGAAUCGAUUUUCUAAGGAUAUUGAAUCAGUUGACCAGGAAGUUGCCCCUGUGGCAAUAGGUAUGCUGCAUAGUCUGGCUUCCGUCAUCAUGAUUGUUAUCCUUAUCUCCAUCAUCACUCCUGGAUUCUUGAUUGCCGGUAUCUUCAUCACUUUGGUGUACACUGCUUUAGGUGCCAUCUACUUAAACUCCUCCCGUGACCUCAAGCGACUGGAGUCUGUGCAGAGAAGCCCAUUGUACCAACAAUUUGGCGAGACAUUGAACGGCAUCGUCACCAUUCGUGCCUAUGGCGAUGGCCCUCGUUUCAUUAUUGAUAACCACCGCCGCAUCAACGCCUACAACCGGCCGCACAUCUACCUCUGGGCUGCUAACCGCUGGCUUGCCCUUCGAGUAGACUGGACUGGUGCUUUGGUGUCGUUCUUCGCGGCCACAUUUGUCCUGAUCAAUGUCGGAAAUAUCGAUGCCGGUGCUGCUGGUCUUUCCCUAACCUAUGCUGUUACCUUCACCGAGAACGUUCUUUGGCUUGUCCGUCUUUAUUCUGAGGUUCAGCAAAAUAUGAACUCUGUUGAGCGAGUUCGUGAAUAUCUGGAGGUUGACCAAGAGGCUGCUCCAAUUGUUCCUGAAAAUCGUCCCGCCAAGGGAUGGCCGAUUGAAGGUGCUGUGGAAUUCUCAGGCUACAGCACUCGCUACCGCCCUGACUUGGAUGCGGUCUUGAAGGAGGUCUCCUUCUCUGUUAAAGCAGGCGAAAAGGUCGGCAUCGUUGGCCGCACAGGUGCUGGUAAAAGUUCACUCGCCCUUGCUCUCUUCCGUGGAUUGGAGGCAGAGAAGGGCCGGAUUCUCAUUGACGGCGUUGAUAUUGGUGCAAUUGGUCUGAGGGAUCUCCGAGAGGCCAUUACGAUUGUCCCUCAAGAUCCCACUUUGUUCACAGGCACCAUCCGCAGCAACCUUGAUCCCUUCGGACUGUUCACCGAUGAGGAGAUUUUUACGGCGCUCCGCCGUGUGCAUCUCAUCGGCUCUCCAUCAGGAACCGCAACUCCCUUAACCGGAAGUACUUUUAAUGUUGCCGAAGCCAAUGGCGUUGUCAAUUUUGAUGUGAACGGAGGUGCCGAUAGUGCUGCCAGUGGUGAUGUCGACGGCGAUGUCAAUGGCAGCGCUGUGACAAUUGCCGACAACAAGAACAUCUUCCACAAUUUGGAAAGCUUGGUGUCAGAGUCCGGAUCAAACUUGUCCCAGGGUCAGCGUCAGCUUCUGUGUCUGGCGCGUGCUCUUCUCAAGAAGCCACGCGUUCUCAUGAUGGACGAAGCCACUGCAUCCAUCGAUUAUGCCACCGACGCCAAGAUCCAGGAAACUCUCCGUGAACUCCACGACAGCACAAUCAUCACCAUUGCCCAUCGCCUGCAGACCAUUAUCGAUUACGACAAGGUCUUGGUCCUUGAUCACGGUAAAGUGAUUGAGUACGACCACCCCUGGACCUUGAUCAACGCCGAGAACGGUUCGUUCCGCGGCAUGUGUGAAAACAGUGGAAACAUGGACGUGCUUCUCGAUGGAGCGAAGCGUGCCUGGGUUCAAAAACGCCUGGUCGAUGACUCCUAG